AUGGAGAAGCUACCAGGGCGACCACUUGGUGAUCGGUGGUUCGAUCUAUCUGAUCGUGAACGUCUAAAGGUGCUUCUGCAGCUUGUUCAGCUAGAAGCAAAGGUUCGUGCUAUUGAGCUUCCUGCAAGCGGAAGCAUAUACUAUGCCAAGGACCUGCCAUUGGACUCACCCCGCAUUGUCAUCCCAGACUCGGAUUUCUGCAUCGGCCCUAGUACAGCUCUUGAAUGGUGGUUCGCAGAGUGUGCCUCGCUCCGCACUGAUCGCGGCCCUUCAAUCGAUGUUCUCCGAAAUCCUGCGUUGAAAGAACUUGCCUGGCUGCGCGCAUAUGGCCGGCCGCGCUUCCCAUUUGAACGUGCAUAUCGCGAAUCCACGAAUUAUCGAUUGUCUGAUCCCAGUGAGCAUAUUGCGUCGCUGGAAUUCUACCUCAAGAUUGCUCCUGAACUGCUUCCACCGGACGAAUUCUUACGACCUGUCCUUCGCCACCCUGAUCUUCAGCCGAACAACAUUUUUGUCUCCGACGAUCUCGACAUUGUCGGAUUAAUUGACUGGCAACACGCAUCUGUGCUGCCAGUCUUUCUCGCUGCCGGGAUCCUGAAAUUCUUUCAGAACUACGACGACCCUGGAUCGCUUGAUUUCCGCCCGCCUCCUACCCCGGAUCUUGACGACAUGGAAGAGGAAGAAAAAGCCGAGGCUCUUCAUGUUUUCAAGCGUCGCCAUACCCACUUCUUCUACUUGGCUUCCACGCAGCGUUUCAAUGGACCUCACUUCCGCGCCAUGGAUCAGGCUACGAACAUGCUUACGCGCCGCAUCUUUACUCACGUAGGCGAGCCCUGGGAGGGGAAUAACAUCCCACUCCAGGCCGACCUUGUUCUAAUCUCUAAAUGCUGGCACCGAUUUUCAACCAGCCCGUGUCCGAUAUCAUUCUUGACGACCAAGGCUGAUUCCAUCAUGCACUCACAAGGCGAGCAGGAAAAGGUUGAUCUCCAACUCAAGCAGAUUCGCAAUAUUAUUGGCAUCGGCGUGGACAGUUGGACCCCUUUAGAAGAAUAUGAAGCCGCCUGUGCUCGUGCCCGUCAGGUAAAAAUCGAUGGCCUUGCUUCACUUGACACUGACCACGAGCGCGAAAUGACGAAGCGACACUGGCCGUUUUGAUGACCAUAAUGAAGACGAGUAGCAUCAUAGUCUUUUCGUUGUUGGACUACUGGAGCCAG